UUCAGAGUGGCGUUGUACGUACGACACACCGCUUUUAGGCAUCGACGCUUUCUCUGCUUUCCCUCCCUACUUCUUGUUAUCAACUGUUUCCUACCAUCACCAGUCCAUGCAUUAUGGUGGAUGUUGCUCCUCUGCCCUCUCGACGCAAAUUAGUCGGGCAACCUCUCCUUUACGCUAUUUCUGUAUUCGCUAGUUUGGGUGUUUUCCUGUUCGGAUAUGACCAGGGCGUCAUGUCAGGUAUCAUCACCGGUCCCUAUUUCAAACAGUUUUUCAACAAUCCCGGUCCCAUUGAAGUUGGUACCAUGGUCGCAGUUCUCGAGCUUGGGGCACUUGCCACGUCGAUUGCUGCUGGUCGUGUCGGCGACAUAAUUGGCCGGAAGGGGACCCUCUUCACUGGAGCUAUCGUUUUCACCAUUGGUGGUGCUAUUCAGACAUUUACCACAGGUUACUACAUCAUGAUCGUUGGUCGAGUGGUAAGCGGCUGUGGAGUUGGGCUCUUGUCGACGAUCGUUCCUAUAUAUCAAAGCGAAAUUUCUCCACCUGAUCAUAGAGGCGCGCUUGCGUGCAUGGAAUUCACCUGCAAUGUUUUCGGCUAUGCAACCUCUGUUUGGGUGGAUUAUUUUUCUUCAUUCAUCGAAUCCGACCUUUCUUGGCGUAUUCCCCUUUUCCUGCAAUGCGUCAUUGGAAGCAUCCUCGCUGCGGGAAGCCUGGUUAUUCCUGAGAGCCCUCGAUGGUUGAUUGAUACUGACCGAGAUGUUGCCGGGAUGAGUAUUAUCGUGGAUCUGCAUGGAGGAGAUCCUGAUAACAUCAUCGCUCAAGCGGAAUUCCAAGAAAUCAAGGACAAAGUCAUUUAUGAGCGUGAACUUGGGGAAGGACGCUCGUACGCUGUGAUGUGGAAGAAGUAUAAACGACGCGUGUUGCUUGCCAUGUCUUCCCAAGCAUUUGCUCAACUGAAUGGAAUCAACGUGAUUGGAUACUACGCUCCAUCUGUUUUUGAAGAGGCCGGGUGGCUUGGCCGUGAUGCUGUGUUAAUGACGGGUAUCAAUGCGAUCAUUUACACCUUGAGCACCUUACCCCCCUGGUAUCUCGUAGACCGUUGGGGUCGUCGCGUUAUUCUACUUUCUGGUGCCGUUAUUAUGGGCAUUGCCCUGGGCUUGACUGGCUGGUGGAUGUACGUUGACAUACCAGCUACACCCAAUGCUGUGGUUAUUUGUGUUAUCGUCUACAAUGCUGCAUUUGGCUAUAGUUGGGGUCCCAUUCCAUGGCUCUAUCCCCCCGAGAUCAUGCCCCUCACAUUCCGCUCCAAAGGUGUAUCGAUAUCAACUGCAACCAAUUGGGCAUUCAAUUUCAUCGUCGGAGAGACAACUCCAUACCUCCAAGAAGCCAUUACAUGGAGAUUAUACCCUAUGCAUGGGUUCUAUUGCGCAUGCAGUUUCAUUCUCGUUUAUUUCUUAUAUCCCGAGACUAAAGGUGUUCCUCUCGAAGAAAUGGACGCUGUGUUCGGUGAAGGUACAAUUUUCCAAUUCUUCCAGUCGAACGGUAUUGAAUGUAUCUUUGCAGAGGAGAGGCUGGAUUAUGAAUCCGAGCGGGCAUCUCUGAUGUCCAAUGCCCGCAGCCCUUCGGUACGUUCUGGCUCCCGUCGAGUCACAGAACGUGGAUGGGUUAGCCGGCUACUCUAUCGUAACGACAGGAGCACAUACCAGCCCAUUGGUGAGGGCGAUGAAUAGGAACUCGCGAGGAUUGAAGGUGACCACGUGAAGGCGCACGAAGAAGAUUUCCAUGACACGAGGGAGCAGCUCUCGCCCUCCUCUUCUUCACCCACGUCUCCUGUUACUGCUGCGGUUGAUAAUUGAAGUGCUGUUUGAUUGCGAGACAGUAUGCUAGUGUCGCAUGCGGCAAUGUUACUUCUCUGGCAUGUUCUUUCAUUUACCACCAGCAGUUGUGCCUUUCAAUCCUCAUGAUACACUACGUACUGGCUCACAAUUACGACUUCACUUCGUUGACACCAUUCAUGUAUCUUACUGGUCAUUACUGUACUUCCCACCACAAUAUGAUGCGUUAUAUAUAUCACUCUGG